AUGUCUAUCACUGUCGGUAUUGCCGGUAUCACCGGAAAGUUCGCCCGCCGUGUGGCCUCGCACCUUCUAAAGAACCCAGAUGUCAGCAUUCGCGGCUACUGCCGUGAUCCUAACAAGGUCCCAGAGUCGAUCUCUUCCUCUGAUAAGGUGACUUUGUUCAAGGGCGACGCGUUUGAUAAUGAUGCUAUUCGCACCUUUGUCCAGGGCAGCGACGUGCUGAUCUGCUGCUACCUUGGCGAUGACAAGCUCAUGGUGGAUGGGCAAAAGAUUCUGAUCGAUACCUGUGAGGAAGUUGGUGACCCUAUGAUUCACGUUCGGGCCCAUCUUGCCAGCAAAGAAAAGGUCAAGGGCGUUCACAUUCUUAUCGGAGGCUUCAUGGAGCCCGUCCUCAGCCCUUUCUUCAGCAUCCUGGACGCCUCAUCUCACACUUUCCGCUUCUGGGGCAACGGCGAUGAGAUCAUGGAGGGUACGACGUACGAUAACGCUGCCGAAUUCACCUCUGCAGUUGCCCGGGACACCGAGGUUACCGGAAUUAUUCGCUUCCUCGGCGGUCGUUCGACUAUCCGUGAAAUCGCUCAAACCUACGAGAAUGUGUACGGCGUCAAGGCUAAACUCGAGUCCCUCGGCUCUUUGGACGAUCUCUACAAGACCAUGCAUGACAAGCGUGCCUCGAACCCCGCUGACUUCUACAGCUACAUGUCGCUGUUCUUCUACUACUACUGGGUCAAUGGCCAGACCUUCGUUGGCCCAGAGCUCGACAACGAGAAGUACCCCGAGGUCAAGCCGGUCAGCUGGGAGGAUUACAUGAAGCAGUGGCCUCUUGAGCAGUUGCCCACCUCCUACUUCGCUCUAAACGCUUAA